UACUUUCUGGGAUUAUCAACAAAAUCCGGGCUCAACAAAAACAUUGCUACAGAGAAAAAGCCGCAGUGUAGUGCUGCACGCGCUGGAGACAAGGUCGCCUGCGGUGUGUCUCGCGCUUCUCGAACGCAAGGACAUUAUUUUACGGCUUGAAAAAUCCAUCUUGCCCAGGAGUGUGAUCUUGUGCCCGUUUUAUAGAGAAAACGGAGAUGAAGAUGCCCGCUGAGAUGGAUUCUCUCAAGGUCUUCUAUUCUAAUUUCUUUUCACAGCGCUCCCGAGUCAUCUACUACUGUCAGUAAUAGAGGAACUUCUUGGAACCCUCCGUGGCAAGCAGGAGCGCGUGACCAUUUUCAGCUAGCUCUCCGCAACCAGCCGGAAGAAGUCGCUUUGUUACUCCUUGACCGUAUUUUAGAACAGCCGCAAGCAAUCGAGGAAAUGGGAGAUGCGUCGACGGAGAUAAAAAGCGAGUGGACUGCGAUAAUCAAGCAGAAGAAGUACAGCAAAGUGAAAGUAAAAGUAGAACUAGUCCUGGGCAAAGCCGUUGCGAAAAGAGAACGGACGAACAAAAUAAAAGGAAACGGAGCGCAGCUGAAUGAGAACGAAGCGCGUUUAUCUUUCGGAAGCACGACUGAAAGCCGCGCCGCGAUUAAGCGACCUAAGUAAUUAUAACUGCAACGACCAGUCAGAAUGUUACAGCUAUCGCACCCGGCAAAGGGUGUCUUUGCAUGUGUUGGAAGUGCAGGACUUACGUUGGAGAGGGGCUGCACACGUUCUAGCGCGGAUUCGCUUAUGCUUCGGAAGGACGGCAGGAAGCCGCGCCGCUCAAAAAAGUGCCUAAGUAGUCGCAACCUGUCCCAUUUCAGAAUCAGAAGUAGUCCUUUUAGCUGAGUAAAUUUCGCUGCUUCUGCUCGUGUGUUUUUCAUCAUCUUCCACGUAAAAUCGUAACCUUAGCUUACUAUAGGGGGUGAAUCUAUUUCAAUUUUAUGGAGCAGGUGAUAUGACGAGGAG